GUGAUGCCGCCGCCGCCUACCCAGACCUGGGAGCGGCGGCCGCGACGCAGCCAGACCCGGACGGCGCUGGGGGAGAGGUGCUGGCGGCGGACAGGGCGGUGGACCCACACGAGCCCUACGCGAAGCUGAGGUUGCCAGACGGCCACUCCGCCCUCACGAACGGAGGAGUGGCACAGUCCGUGGUGAACCUUGCCACGACGUCAUGGGAGCCAUACCAAGGCGCCCAGUGCUCGUCGCGCUUCCAGAUCCCCGCCAUGCCGCGCAUGGCGACGGAGUACAACG